AUCCUCCUGCAUUGUUUCGUCCAAUGGACCAUUCCCCAUAAAGAGGACGUCAGAAGAGCAGGUCUGCCUCUCGGAAAUCGUGCUUUCGUAUGAAACCGAGAUCCGGGAGGUUCAUCUGAACCCACGGGGGAACGGCCGAGAGCUGCAAUAUGGCAACAACAGUGGUUUUGAGUCCAGACUCUUCCCAGGAUAAGAGCAGCCGUUUUCAGGUGUUGAAGUGGAUCAACAACCUGCUGAAAACCGACUUCAAAGAUGUGCGGGAAAUGGGUUCAGGUGCUUGUCACUGCCAGAUCAUGGAUUGUGUUGCUCCUGGCUCUGUUGACAUGACCAAAGUGAAGUUUGAUGCACAGGGCGAAGAUGAAUCUAAGCACAACUUUAGUCUCCUCCAAGAGGCUUUCAACAAGAAUGGUAUCACACGGAGCAUUCCAGUUGAGAACCUCCUGAAGGGGGAUUUAAAAAGCAACUUUGAGAUCAUAAAGUGGUUUAAAGCUUUCUACACAGCAAACGUGAAAAGAGAAGAAUAUGACCCCGUGAAAGCUCGGAAUGGCCAUGAUAUCAGCCCUGUUGUGCCAACGUCAGAGUCACGACGUUUUAAUUUGGAAUCAGACAUGGAAGAGAACGGCACUGAAAAUACAAACAAAUUCCCGUUUACUGAAAAAUGGAAGAAUAUUUGUGAAUGGGCUGAACCUAGUAAUCUUGGAGAGCAGCACACCUACUGCAGAAUUUGUUCCAGAAACCUUUCCACAAUUCAUAAAGGCAUCAUUGAACUUCAACGACACGAGAAGACGAACAAACACCAGAAGAGAAAGAUUAACAAGAAUGCCUGUGCGCAAAGCCAAUGCCCUGAAUUGUUGCCUAACCCCUGCAGUGAUGCAGCUAUCCGAUUUAUUCACAGUCACUUUAAAAAAGCCUCUGACAAAGGAGUCCAGGGGUCUAUAAAUUUUGCACGCCGCAAACUGGGGCUGCAGUACCCUAAAGAUAUCACAUCAAUUUGCCAGCACACUCCUUACUGUGUUUACAUUUAUAAAGGGGUAACAGAUGGAAAGGAUGGCACCGUCUCUGUGCUCCUUGUUGGGUUUUUUGAUAUUGAUGCCUGCAGGCACUGCAUCCGGUUUCUGGAUGCUCUUCAGUUGAAGGAUGAUGCUGAAGAUCAAAGAGCUGCAGUGGUGUCGGAGACCUUGAAGAAAUUUGGUUUACCCACAGAGAACAUGGUAGCUGUUUACCUCGAAGGUAAUGGUGUUGCCUCAGAGCAGAUCUGCUCACACCUCAGGGAGGUCAACUCAAACACAUUAGCCCUGGGAGGGCUGUACAGCAUCUGUGAUGCUGCCUGUCAUGUUGGGGUUAAGCAGCUCUCCAAUCAGGUUCAAGAACUAUUGACAGGCAUUCACUCCCACUACUCCACCUGUUCUACAAAAGAUGACAAACUCAAGGAUCUUUUUGGCUCAGAUAUCACUGUGGACGGUCCAUCAUUUUGUAUCAACAAUAGCUGCCUCAACCUUUGCCUUUUAGUCUCAAAAAUGUUGGCAAUAUGGACAGAUCUUGUAUCGUACUUUAGCUCUUGUGACGAGGACAAUGAUGCAGCCAAGUUAAUCUGCUCCCAGCUGCAGGAUCCCAAACUGAGGGCAACCUUUAUGUUCCUGGAGCAGGCCUUAAAGCCACUGCACAGUUUUCAGAUGCAUCUGCAAACACCAGAGGGAGGUUCUCGAGCUAAUUUGCUGGUCAUCCUGGAAAAAGCCAGUAACCUGCUGAGUACCUACAGCUCCUACUUCCUUGAUCCUCAAGCUGUUGUUUGCCUCCUCACGGAAAGUGAUGUCAAAGUCCUCAAGAACAGCAAAUUCCACCUGACAAGCCCCAAGCUCAGUGUGGGUGGGAAAGCAGUGGAAGAUUUCCUGAAUGAAUCUGUGGCUGCUGAGGCACUGCCUCUGUUAAAGGAGGAGAUGGUGUCUUUCUACAUCGCAGUGACAGAUUGCAUUUUAACAAAGCUGCCUUUAAAUGAUGGAUUGCUAAGGAGCAUGGCUUUGCUCUUGAACCCUCAAAGUAGUAAGAAAGUGACAACAAAAGCCGUCAAAGAGCUUGGAAGCAAACUCGGAAUCUGUAUUUCCCCCAACGAUGUCACCCAGCUCACUAAAGAGUUCCUGAAGUAUCAGCGGGCCGAAGAAGGAGAGAAUAACCACUUAGCAGAUGUUUCACUGGAGAAACACUGGGCCAGUGUACUGAGGGACAAAGAGCUGAACAUGUUCAGAAAGCUUCUUUUGGCACUAUUGUCUCUACCAUGUCCACCACUUGAUAGUCAGCAUGUUUUUACUCAGGCUUUAGAGAAUGGACACACUGCACUGGUCUCCGAGAGUGAAGGCUUUAGAGAAGGAGCGCGUGAUGCUGCAACUGACGCCUUAGUUCAAAAUAAUGAUGAGAUUGGCCGUAAUAGGAGAAUGCCGCAAUGUGAAGUCCGCCUUACAAAGAUAAAUAAGCUGAAGAAUGACCAUGAUUUUUCAUCUGGAAAUAAUGGCAUCUUGGAGGGGACCUGUAGGGGAGGUUUUGGUUGGGAGAGCAGCUUACGCCAGAAGCCACAAGCCCGUACAGUGUUUCAGGCUGGUGCUAACUCCUGGUCCGAACCUGUAGGUCCUGAUAAGGAAAGCAAAAAGGGUCUGGAGUCCCAAGAUGAGGUGUCAGAACAGUCAUCUCCAUCCAAUAAAUCAACACCAAGAGGACGAAGGAAACAUGUCUACCAGGAUGGGAAAGGGUUUCUGUCAGGAGAGCUGGUGUGGGGGAAAGUGAAGGGGUUUUCCUGGUGGCCUGGGAUGGUGAUUCCCUGGAAAACUAAGUCAUCUCCCCCGGGCAUGAGGAAAGUGGAGUGGUUCGGAGAUGGGAUGUUCUCUGAGAUUUACACAGAGGGUUUAAUGCCGUUCAAUGCUUUCACCAAGUGCUUCUGUAAAAAUUCCUUUGCCAGCUUGCCCGUCUACAAAGAAGCCAUCUACCAAAUUAUUGAGUUGGCAGGUGAGCGAUGUGGGAAGUCUUUUGCCAAGUCAGAAGGAAAUAAAGAAAAAGAGCUGAAAAUGAUGCUGGACUGGGCUUCUGAAGGAUUUCUGCCCACAGGACCGGACGGAUUCCUGCCACCUGACUCUGCUGGACAUGCCACUUCCUCUGAGUCUGCCCUCUCUGACUACCAGCCUCCAGCAAAAAGGAAAUAUGUUUUAAAAAAUAAGGCAAAUGCAGCCGCUAUUAUCUACAGCAGAGAGUCAAUGGUAGACGCAGUCAAAGAAAAGGGCAAAAAAAUAUCAGAUGUGUGCUUGUCUUGUGGAUCAUUUGAGAUUGAAGCGCAGCACCCACUGUUUGAAGGUGGUCUUUGUCAAAAAUGCAAGGAGAACUUCAUAGAAACACUGUACCGCUACGAUGAAGAUGGCUACCAGUCAUAUUGCACCGUGUGCUGUGCCGGAUCAGAGGUCAUUCUGUGUGGCAACGCCAGCUGCUGCAGGUGUUUCUGUAAGGACUGUGUUGACAUCCUGGUGGGUCCAGGAACCUUUGACAAGCUGAAAGAUGUCGAUCCCUGGAGCUGCUACAUGUGCCAGCCAUCACAGUGUGGAGGAAACCUCAAACUCAGACCAGACUGGAGCGUUAAAGUCCAAGACCUCUUUGUCAACAACAGCGCCAUGGAGUUUGAGCCUCACAGAGUGUAUCCCUCCAUCCCUGCUGAUCAGCGCAGACCAAUCAAGGUGCUCUCACUUUUUGAUGGCAUUGCAACAGGAUACCUGGUGCUCAAAGACCUGGGCAUGACGAUGGAGCGCUACAUCGCUUCUGAGAUUUGUGACGACUCGAUUGCCGUGGGCAUGAUCAAGCACGAGGGGAAGGUCGAAUAUGUCAAUGAUGUUCGUACCAUCACCAGGAAACACCUGGCUGAAUGGGGUCCAUUUGAUCUUCUGAUUGGAGGCAGUCCAUGUAACGACCUGUCAAUGGUCAACCCUCUACGGAAAGGAUUGUUUGAGGGCACCGGAAGGCUCUUUUUUGAGUUCUACCGCAUUCUGACCUUGUUGAAGCCGAAGGAGGACGACGACCGUCCGUUCUUCUGGUUGUUUGAGAACGUGGUUUUCAUGAGUGCCAACGACAAAUCAGACAUCUGCAGAUUCCUUGAGUGUAACCCCAUUCUCAUCGAUGCAGUGAAAGUCAGUCCUGCUCACAGAGCACGUUACUUUUGGGGAAACCUCCCUGGCAUGAACAGGCCGCUCGCCACAUCGCUUGAUGACAAAGUAGCUCUCCAGGAUUGUUUGGAAGUCGGACGCACUGCAAAGUUUGAUAAAGUCCGCACCAUCACGACAAAGUCAAACUCCAUAAGGCAGGGGAAAAGUGGGCCGCUACCCGUCGCCAUGAAUGGCAAGGAGGACUAUUUGUGGUGCACAGAAAUGGAGCAGAUCUUUGGCUUCCCCAAACAUUACACAGAUGUGAACAACAUGGGCCGUGUGCAAAGGCAGAAAGUCUUGGGCCGCUCCUGGAGUGUCCCCGUCAUCCGUCACCUUUUCGCCCCGCUGAAGGAUUAUUAUAAAUGUGAAUAACUACCCUGACGAGGAUGUCGACGUCAGAGAAGCAGCGGUAAAACCUACUGCCUUAUCCUGUGUUGUAUUAAGUGGCUCCAACUUUUCAAAUGGUCUGGUCUUUUCCCGAAGGACUUUUCCUUUAUUGACUUUAGAAAUGUUUUGCUAAUACGUUCUUUUAAUCCAGUGACUUGUUACUCAUCCCCCUUACCAGCAGGCACCGACACUUUUGGUCAAUAGUGCUGUGAUCGAACCAGUGCUGUCAACUCCAGUUUUGUAUAGUUAACAGAGGCAGCAGCGUUAACCUGCUGUGGAGCAGCUUAAAAACCUGCCAACAACUUCACUUUUCCCGACACUGACGUCACAAGUGACAAAGCUGCAGUGGAGACAUUUAUAGAAAGGGGUAGAAUCACUUUGGAUACCAUAAAACCAACAUUUUUCCACAUGCCCAUGGUCUUUUAACAGGCAGCCAUGCUGUCAGCCUCAUAAAUGGCAAUUAUAGAUUCACAUUUGCCAAGUAAAUUCAGAUGGACGUUGAAGCAGCUACAAUCAGUAUUUCUUACAUUCACAGAGGCUCAGAAAUAGUAACUAAACUGUAAAAGUGGGUGCUUUUAUUGUUAAACUUGCAGCAGUUUUUACCUGAAUCUGACACCUCCCUCAGCUCGAUGGAGACUAGGUCGUCUUUUAGCUCUUUGUUUUGUUUUUUUGUUUUCAGCGUGUAACUUGUUAGUUUGUUAUAAUCUCACUCACUGCAUGGUUUCCAGCAGCACACUCCGCAGACUCUGCUUCCAUUGCUGCUAAACCUGUUGUUAGGGGUGAGCGUGAUUUUUACAAGUAUUUGUGCUUUUCAUAUGGUUACGAACGCUACAACCAGCAAAGCCAGGUAACCCUGCUGUCGCCUCAUGCCAUAAGGCCCCAGGUCUCUACCUCAACACUGAUUUAUCAUUUAAACAGCUGCAAGUUACAUUUUUUUUUUAAACUUAAUUUAUAUGAAAAAAUGUUAACCUUGUUUUCUUUCUAUGUGAAUUUUAUACUGUUUUAUCAUAUAUCUUACAUGGGAUUUUAUAAUCAUGUUAAUCAUUAGUUAAUGUCAUUGUUUUUAAUUGUUAACAGCAGUGACUGGCCAGUGUGUGUGUUUUUUUUUUAAACAAACACUCAAACACAUAAAUCAUGUUGUGGUGCUACAGUGACUUUGCUCAAAAAUGACCUCGCUGGGUUUGAUUUUUAGCUAUUUUUCUGACUGUUAUUUAUACCAAAAAUAUGUUCAACUGUGACUUUUCAGUAUUUCUUCUGGAGCAUCUUGUGUUUCCGAAAGGACAAUAAUAACGAUUUUACACAUUUUAUCCCAAAAUGUGUUCUUCAAAAAAAAAACCUCUUUCAUUAAUGUGGUUGCAUUUUUAAACAAAUAAACCUCAGGUGAAUUCUGAAAGAAACAGUCAAAACAUCAAUGUAACACAUAAGAGGGAAUCUGUAUGUUUUCUUUUUUAAGCAAUGUAAAUGCUAGGGCUGCACGUAAUUAUUAUUUAGAAAAUUGUGAAUUAACCAAAUUAUGUUUUAUCCAAUAAUCCCAGUCUAUAAAAUGCUAGAAAUCUAGCAAGGUUUAAUUAAAACUGAAAACAGACCAAAAUGAUUCAAUGAUGUACAUGAACAACACAUGUACAGGCACUAAAACAGCUCAUCUUUACGAAUAGGAAACAUUUAUUGCCUUGAUUUCUGACAGUUAUUAGUGAAGUGAUGUUUCUGAUAUCACUGAACUAAUUAUAUGCAGCCCUGUGAUAAGACCAGUGAAAGAGUGCUAACAGUAUGUAACUGUUUAUUGUGUGUUUGUAUGUCGGUUCACAGGCAAAUCUCAGUGAGACAUGACCUGGCAUUAUUUUUGCAUGAAUGUAAUACUUUUGUUUUAUGUUUGGAGUGACUUUGUUUAUCCAACACUUUAAAAAAAAAAAAAAAAUCUCAUACAUCGUAAGUACUGUUUAGGAUUAUUUUAUACACUGCCAGUGUUUCCAUUGUUUUCAAACGAGUGAUUUCUCUUUUGAAAUUUUUACUGAAAGUGAAGAUAGUGGUGCUGCCUUAGGAAUGACUCACUGUUAGUUUUACUGUUGUUAACUUUUUAUUAUUGUUUACUGUGAGUGAGUAAAGUAGUCCUUGCAUGAUGGACAGGUUUACAAUGAUUGUCUCCUUUACCUCAUUGGUUGUUUGGACUCCUGUUUCCUGAUGGUGCUAACUUUGCAUGUACAUAUUUGGAUUUUCCCCUUUAAACUCAUCCCUUAAAGUGAA